CACCUCCUCGUGGAUGGGGGUCUGAAAAAACCGAGCGAGCGAAGCAGAGGAGUUUCCGUUAUCCUAUCCCUCUCUCUCUCUAACCAAUUUCUCUCUCUAGAAAUCUCCUCUCCCUCUCCGUGCGUGCGCGAGGACGAGUUAGGGUUCUUCUGCGGGAUCGAUUCGGGCGAGGGGAGCGAGCGGCCAUGGUUUCGGAUUCGAUCGCCAAUGCCUCCGCCGCCAAUUCGGCGCCGAACGCGAGGGAUUUCGCCAAGAAGAAGCGGGCCAACAGGUCGGCGAAGCUGAAGCAGUGCAAGCUGGACGCCCGCCGCGAGCAGUGGCUUUCGCAGGUCAAGAAUAAGGGGAGCGGGGAGGAUUCGAGAGGCGAGAGUCGGCAGCGGAGCGGGGGCGGCCACCAGUCGCUGGAGAAUUUGGAGACGAGGAGGCGGAGGGAUGACGAGAACGGAUCUGUCCACCAGGACAGUGAUUCCGAGUCUCCGUCGGUCAGUCCGAUUGGUCUCACCGGCGUGUUGAGCGGCAAUCAUUCGAGUGGCAAUUGUACUGGUAGCAGCAGCAGCUGUAGCAGCGGUAGCAGCACCGGGUGCUUCUCAGGGAGUACUACGGAAGAAGAGGAGGGAGGAGAUGAUGGGUGCUUGGAUGAUUGGGAAGCCGUGGCUGAUGCCUUGGCCGCCGAUGAAGAGCCCCAGAAUCCGCCUUUUGAUCCUCCUCCUGAGGGCGAAAUGGUUGGCGGGGUACAGUCUCGAGGAGAGCACGGGAAACAGUCGGUGGUUCCAGAUAAUUCGAGAUCCGAGUGCGUUAAAAGGCCUCCAAGAACUGCCAGUGCGAACAACCAAGCAUGGAGGCCCGACGAUGCUUUUCGCCCCCAAAGUCUGCCCAAUUUGUCUAAGCAGUACAGUUUCCCCAACACAAACCGGCAUUAUGGUGGUGGAGCCAUCCCUUGGGGGUGUAGUAAGGCUAUAUCCGUGCCCUCAUCAUGCCCCAUAUGCUUUGAGGAUUUGGACAAGACAGAUUCUAGCUUCUUGCCAUGCCUGUGUGGGUUCAGGCUCUGCCUUUUCUGCCACAAGAGGAUCCUUGAGGAAGAUGGACGCUGCCCUGGUUGCAGAAAGCCAUAUGAACAUGAGUGCAGCGAGGCAGAGCCAAGUCUGCUUGAAGGGAGUCUGACAUUCCGGCUGACUCGCUCUCACAGCAUGAUAACCAGGGCAUAGGAUGUCUUAUGUUGCAAAGAGUUCUGUAUGUCUGGUCUCUCUCUUUUUGACGUUUGUGUGGAGGGUCUUGCUCGUUUUGAUGGAGUCAUAUGUGAUCAUAGGACAAUGUUUUACAGCACCUGAUUUGAACUGUUUCUCUGAUGAGUCUGGUUCUGAACAGUGUGAAUUCUUAGCCAAUGUAGAGAACUCCUGUUGCUAUGUGAAUAGAUAAAUGGUAUAGAAUCUACUAUUGAGAAAGAAUAAGAUGACAAGUUUCCUGUCUUUCUUUCCUCGUGCCCUCUUGGACCAGCUUAAUACCAGAAAUAGCUUUGUCA